CCCCCUCCCCUCCCCCCCCUUCCUUCACCACCACCCCUUCUCCUCUCCCCCCAGACAGAGCCCAGGCUCAGUUUUACCUCUCGGCCGGUGGUCCUCGUAACACCCCGCCGCGUCGUGGGAAACAUCCACGGCUACUUCCACGCGCGGGUCAAAGCUCGCGCGCCCACGCCCAUGCCGCCACCGCCCGCGCCUCGACCCCCCACGAUUCCACUAGUUGGAUGCAGCAUGCCCAUAUCUGAACCCAGCAUAGGGCAUGCUCCGUCGUUUGUCAACCGUCUCUAGUUGCAAACGCCACGGAUCCAGCUGAUGGUGAGCGCCGGUCAAGCUGGCGCGGACGGACCUUCCACCAGUGAUAUUAGGGGAACUGGAAACGGCGCCUUAGAGAAUGGCCAUGCCCUCAAGGCAAACGAGGACAAGGAAUGGAGGGGCGGCAGCAAGGAAGAGGACUGGCCCAGCACGCACAGUGCGCCACCAGGCUUGGACGAGCACAAGCAGCAGCAAGGCCGGGUCAUCCGCUGGGAGAAGUUCCUGCCGGUGGAGACACUAAGGGUCUUGCUGGUGGAGAACGAUGACUGUACCCGACAUGUUGUCCGUGCUCUGCUCCGUAAGUGUGGCUAUGAAGUUAUCGCUGCUGAGAAUGGAUUGCAUGCAUGGCAAUAUCUUGAAGAUGUGCAAAACCGUAUUGACCUUGUAUUAACUGAGGUCGCCAUGCCUUGUCUAUCUGGAAUUGGUCUACUCAGUAAGAUCACGAGUCACAGUAUUUGCAAGGGCAUUCCUGUGAUCAUGAUGUCUAAGAAUGACUCGAUGAGUACAGUCUUUAGGUGUCUAUCAAAGGGAGCAGUUGACUUCUUAGUGAAGCCGAUACGGAAGAAUGAACUUAAGACCCUUUGGCAGCAUAUAUGGAGGCGAUGCCACAGUUCCAGUGGAAGUGAAAGUGGCAUCCAUACACAAAAAUGUUCCAAGCCGAAGGCUGGUGAUGAAUAUGAGAACAACAGUGGCGGCAGUCAUGAUGAUGAUGACGAUGACGAUGAUGAUGCUGAUGACGACUUUAGUGUUGGGCCCAAUGCUAGGGAUGGCAGUGAUAAUGGCAGUGGCACUCAGAGUUCAUGGACGAAGCGUGCUGUGGAGAUUGAUAGCCCACAACUUGUGUCUUCUGAUCAUCUAGCAGAUUCACCUGAUAGUACUUGUGCGCAAGUAAUUCACCCCAGAUCAGAGAUAGGCAGCAAUAGGUGGUUGCCGACUGCAAAUAAAAGGAACAUCAAUAAUCAAAAAGAAAAUAAUGAUGACUCCAUGGGGAAAUACUUAGAAAUAGGCGCUCCUAGAAAUUCAAGUCUUGGGUAUCAAUCUUCUCCAAAUGAGAUGUCUGUUAAUCCAACAGAAAAACAGCAUGAGAAUCUCACAUGUCAAAACAAGUCAGUAAACAAAAUAGUCAUCGACAAACCAACUAGUCAAACUGCUGAUUUGAUUAGUUCAAUAGCCAGAAACACAGAAUCGAAACAGGCUGCUAGAAUCACUGAUGCACCUGACUGCUCCUCCAAGAUGCCAAACGGGAAUGAAAUGAAAAACGAUUCUCCCAUCAACAUGCCAUCCCAAGAGCUGGGUCUGAAGAUAUCGGAAACAACUAGAUGUGGAACUGAAAUCCAUGAUGAACGAAGUAUUCUGAAAAGAUCAAACAUCUCAGCAUUCACCAGGUACCAUACUCCCAUGGCUUCCGAUCAAGGUGGGGCAACAUUUCGGGGAAGCUGUUCACCUCAAGAUAACAGCUCAGAGGCUGUGAAAACGAACUCCACCUGCAAGAUGGAGUCAAAUUCAGAUGCUGCUCAAAUAAAGCAGGGCUCAAAUGGCAGUAGCAACAACAAUGACAUGGGCUCCAGUACCAAGAAUGCCAUCGCAAAGCCUUGUACAGACAGGGAGAGAGUUAUGUCACCAUCACUUGUUAAAUCAAACCAGCAGACUUCAGCAUUCCAUCCGAUGCAGCACCGAGUGUCACCAGCUGACGCAGCACGCAAGGACAAAGCUGCUGAAGAAAUUGCCAAUGCAGUGAAAGUGGGCCACUCAAGUGAGGCACAGCAAAGCUCUGUGCAGCAUCACCAUCAUGCACACUAUUACCGCCAUGUUAUGGCACAGCAACAGACAUUAAUUGACCGUGCAUCAAACGCCCGGUGUGGUUCAUCCAAUGCGUCUGAUUUACCCCUGGAAGGUCAUGCUGCCAACUAUGGUGUGAACGGGAGCGUCUCAGGCAGCAAUAAUGGAAGCAAUACGCAAAACGGAAGUAGCUCCGCUCCCAAUAUUGCAAGGCCAAACCUGGACAGUGGUACCAUGGACAAAACUGAGGCUGGCGGUGGCAACGGUAGUGGGAGCGGGCCGAGCGGUAGUGGCAAUGACAUGGUAUGUCAGAAUCAGCUCAGCCAACGAGAAGCUGCAGUGAACAAAUUCAGGCAGAAGCGGAAAGAGAGGAACUUCGGGAAAAAGGUGCGGUACCAAAGCAGGAAGAGACUUGCCGAGCAGCGGCCACGUGUCCGUGGGCAAUUCGUCCGACAGUCUGGACAAGAAGAUGACGCAGGCCAAGCAGCAGACAGAUGACACGACCCUCCCUUCUGUAGCGAAUGUUACUACAUACGUACAUAGGUUAUUGACUCUCACAUUAGAGUGCUCAACAAAUAAAGACCCACCCGUAUGAUUAUUGUCCCUGGCCGGCUGACUCCAGAUGAAAAUUUGUAAUAUCUAAUCUAUGUGGCCGUCCGUCGUAGUAAGCACCAUGCAUGUUACCCCUCGUUA